CAUUUCCAUAAAAACCACCACCUCUCUCUUUCUUCCUCACUGUUGUAUCCUCCCUCAAGUGUCAUUUUCUCACAUAUACUUCACACAAAAGAAACAACCAUUCACUUCAUACCUUGUCAUUUCUCUCUCUUUUUCUCUCUCUCUGUCUCUCUCCUCUCAAUCUCAAAUCCCUUAAACUACUCUCAAGUUGAUCUCAAGUCCAUCCCAAACAAAACCCAGAAAAUCUAACCUGAAAAUUUCUAACCCCUUUUGCCCAAAUCAUCCUUAGCCUCCGACAAAGACUUCAUUUUUCUUGAUCUUUAACAUACCAGUUGCCCUAUUAGAAUAUAAGCAACAGUAGCAAUCACAACAAAGAGGUGGAUAAGGUCAUAAAGAGAAGUAGAGAAGGGCUUUUUCGGUUGCUUAAUCAUGGAGCUUUUUCCAGCACAACCAGAUUUAUCUCUGCAGAUUAGCCCACCCAACAGCAAACCAGCAUCCACAUGGAGAAGAACAGAAGAAGAGAUGGGUUUGGGAUUCUUGAAGAGAGCUUUGGACUCCAGAAACACUGUGUCUUCAAUGGCGAAACCUGAUACUUGUUUUGAGCUUUCGCUAUCAAAUCCAAGGGUUUCAGAGUCCAACUCCAACCAUUUUCACCUUCUUCAGAACACUAGCAAUUGCAAUGGUAAAGAUGUUUUCAAUUAUUUACAACAAAACCAGUAUCAACACCAUCUCCAACAGAACCAUCUUCUUCAUCACCAUCCUCUCUUUCAGCAGCAGCAAGGGCUAAGCCAAGAGCUUGGUUUAUUCAGACCCAUCAGAGGGAUUCCUUUAUACCAAAACCCUCCUCUUUUUUCAUUCUCUCAACAGCCUUUGGAUAGUACUGGUUCUCAAACUUCAUCUUUAGCAACCAAUAACUCGAGCUCCACAGGUUUAAAUCCUUAUAAUCAGUCUCCAGCUUUGAUGAGAUCAAGAUUGAUGUCAAGAUUUCCAGCUAAACGCGGCAUGAGAGCUCCAAGGAUGCGAUGGACCACUACCCUUCAUGCUCGCUUUGUUCAUGCUGUUGAGCUAUUGGGUGGCCAUGAAAGGGCUACUCCCAAGUCGGUACUUGAGCUGAUGGAUGUGAAAGAUCUCACCUUGGCGCAUGUUAAAUCUCAUUUACAGAUGUAUCGGACGGUAAAGACAACGGAUCGAGCAGCUGCUUCUUCAGGACAAUCAGAAGUAUUUGAUAAUGGAUCAUCUGGAGAAACUUCUGAUGAUUUGAUGUUUGACAUUCAAAACUCAAGGUCUGAACUAUCAAUGCACCAAGGAAAACCAAGUGAUCACAACCAGGACAAGGACUCUCAUGGCCUCUGGAGCAAUUCUUCAAGGGAAGCUUGGUUGCAUGUGAAAUCAAAGGAUUCUAAUGGGAACUUACCAUCUCAUGAGCAGAAGGAAAUGGAUCCAAAGUGCUCAAUCUAUGAAAGAAUAUCAGAUGUAAGCUCAUCAAGCCUUUCAGGGACGAGCCCCAAGAAGCCUAAUUUGGAGUUCACCUUGGGCAGACCACAUUGAUAAACCUACUGUGUAUGUAAUUAUCAUCAUUUUGAAAUCAUUAUAUCUCUGAGGGGUGGCUGGUGAAGAGAAUCAGGUACCCAGUUGAGAAAAUCAGAGAAAAAGAAAAGAAAAGAAAAAGAGAAAGAGAAAAAGAAAAGUAAAAGAGAGCUAAAGAAAGACAAGGAGACAAGAAAGACAGAAAGCAACAAAAGGAGAGAGUGGAAAAAGCUGUGUCUUUCCUGUCAAGCUGUGAGAGAUAUAAAUCUGCUUAUUAUAUAUAUAUUCCUACGUAAAUAUGAAAUCUAAUUGAUUUUGUAUGUUGUGCACUCAGAGAAGAGUGAGAAAGAGAAAAGAAAAUAUUUCUAGAGAGAGAAAGCAUUAACUAUGUUAAAGUAUGAAGUGAUCUUUGGUAAUUGUAAUGAAGCACUUUCCAUUUACGAAAAAAAAUAUAUUUAUUUUGUAAUUUUUACCAAAAGACUAGGGUAUCUCUGAAAUCUUUUCUAGCCAUUUUUACACAAUCUUUACACUUCAUGUACAAAGUAAAGAGAAUAAACGAGAAAGAAAAGAAAAAGAAAAGAAAAUUUUUUGAUAAUAUAAACUAAAAAAAGGCUGAUUUCAAAGGGAAAAAAAAGGCUGGGAUUAAAGCCAUGAAAAUUUCUAAUGAAUAGAGUGGAACCCAUUUAUCAUUUUUUAUCCUUUUUUAAAAAAGAAUUAUAUAUUUUUUACUAAUGAGACUAUCCCAUACUCAGAACACACCGAUUAUAGGAUUUGAACCCAUAAUUAAAAAAUAAAAAAAUUCUUUUAAAAAAAAUGUAUUAUGCUUGAGCUCAUUAGAUGAUGAAGUUUUCAUCAGAAAAUGCCGAAAUUAUAAACCUUUGGUGUCAAUCUAAGAACAAUUAUUCAUGUAAUGAUUAACUUUAUCAUUUGAACUUUAAAUUUAGUAUGACUAAAGUUUUGGACUAUAAUAGUUUAGCUUUACAAAAAGUGAUUGCAUCUUUCAAUGUAUAGCCUAAGCAUACAUGAGGAAGCUUCCUUGAAAGUUCCAAAAACAAAUAGUUAACCUAGCUAAUCUUCCAAAUUGCAUGUGUAAGUGUUACAAUCAAUUUAACUUAUUUUGACGAUUAAAUUGACUAACAAAUAUUCCAGUAGUUAAUCUUCAAGAUAUAUCUUGGAUGAGGUCUUUGUUAAAAUUAAUUAGAGGAUAAGAAAUUGUUAUAUUUAGAUAAGGUUUAACUCAUCUCAAGAGGAGUGCAUACGGCCCUUAUGAGAGCAUAUUAUUCAUGUUCUAAAUAUCAUAUUACUCCUGUUCCAAAUUGAUGUGUGAUUCAACACAUCUCCUCACGCCCAGAAUUAUAUUAGAGCGUGACAUAUUUAUGAAAAAUUUAAUAUCGGAUAGGGAGAUUCUUAUAUCAUGUUAAAUUUGGAUCAGACCUAACUCACCAGCUAAUUUAAGGGAAGGAGUGCAUACGGCCCUUAUAAAAGGCACGUUACCCCUAUUCUAAAUCGAUGUGAGAUUUAUUAAAAAUAAAGAAUGAAAGUUAUAUUUAUAAAAAUAUAUAUAAAAAAAUGUAUUAUAUGUUUUAGGGUAUUUUUACGUAGGUAUAUAGUUGAUCUUACAAAUUAACAUGUACAAUAUGAUAAUAUUUUGAAAGAAUUCUUUGACACACGACAGGAAAUAAAAUGAGAAAGGAUCAUUUAAGGCAGUUCGAUUAUGUCCCAUAUAUAGAGCAUCAAAUAUUCCAAUACAAAAUUGUGAUAAGUCAAUAGGGGAAGCAGUGAGAAGAGCAACGGAGAAACCAAAGACGAGUGGAAGAAGAUAGUGUCAAUUCACUUACAAUUCUUGAAUAGUAAUUCGAACCUGGUAACUAACAAAGUUGAAUGAUAAUAGUGUUAAAGGGUACAAGUAGUAGCUCCAACUAUUCUUCUCCAAACUGCCCCUGUAGCUCUGGGUUUUCCCUCUGGUUAAAUACUAGUUUGUUGCUUGCCUUCGUUGGGUGUCUUUCUAUCCCUUGAGAUCUUCUUUUAUAAAUCCUUGUGUUUUCUCUCCCCUACCAAUAUUUAGCUCUUUUUGUUCUGAUGAGGUGCAAAAUUCACUACUUUUUCCUUAUUAAAUUUCAUAAUUUUGCUAUGAUUUUGAUAUAAACAAUUUAUUUUUAUUUGGAAUUUGAUUUUGGAUAGGUUUUUGAGCAGAAAGCAAGAAAAGGAACAAAAAAAGACUGAAUUAGAAGGUUUUCUGAUUGGGGGUUACAAUCUUGCCCAAGGUUGUAGCUCAAGGCCAUGGACAAACUUCAGGGGCAAGAUUGUAGCCCAAGGCGACGGACAAACUUCAGAAUUCGAAUUUGCCAGCUGUAAUCCCAAUUUUUCGAGCUGUACAGAGAUCAUAUCAGUUUCAGAUUGAAGCAAAUAUAAUCAGAUUAGGAUUGAUAUAAGAUAGGAGUAGUAGAGUUUAUUUUAAAUUGUGAAUACUUAUCUUUUUGUUGGGAAAAAGCUUAUAUAAAGGCUAUCCAAGAAUUAACCUAGGCAUUAUAUUUUUUUCUCUUCUUCUCUCUCAUAUUCAGCCACCUCCUAGCUGCCCCUUUCUUCAUCUCUUUUCUUUAGUUCUUUGUAAUUUUAUUAUGACUCUUAGAGGUUAAACACUUAUUUUCAAUUGAAAGUUAAUCAAAAUUGAGGUUUAUUCAAGUUGUGAGAUUAUAUUUUUAAUUUC